GCUACUCUCAGUUAGCGCAUUUCGGGCCAUGGAUUUGGAUUUUAACAACGAUUUGGAGAAGCGCAUCUCGGAUGCCUUCUGCGUGUUCGAUCAUCAUGGCGAUAAGCUCAUCGAUGUGCGAGAGGUGGGCACAGUGCUGAGAUUGUUGGGCUGCGUCCCCACCGAGCAGGAGGUCAACGAGGUAAUCUCGGCAACCGAAACGGAGGAGACGAGCGGCGUGGUGCAUUUGACCAAAUUCUUGCCACACGUCUCGCAAUUGCUCAUGGAGCGCAAAAUGGAGCCAGCGCCGCCAGAGAAGAUUCUGGAAGCUUUCAAGACGUUGGACUUGGAGAACAAGGGCUACCUGACCAAGGAGAACUUUGGCAAGCUGAUGAUGGAGGAGGGCGAGCCGUUUACCCAGGAGGAAAUGGAUGAAAUGUGGCCAGUGGCCAUAGAUCCUAUAAGCGGCCAUAUACCCUAUGAAUUGUAUUUGAAUCAGUUGAUGGUAUAUCUCUGAGAACAUUUGAAAGAAAUUUAAAAAAAAAAAAAAA